CAAACAAACAAAUCGCUGAAUAAAGUGGACUUUUACCUUAAGUCUGACCAAUACUUCGCACGUCUGUCAGCGAUAAAGAAGAUUGAAUUCAACGCCUGCAUGUGAAGCUUGUGAACGACUCUGUAAUAGGCUACAGGUCUGACUGGUGUCUGUCGGAGUGUAAUCAUGGAGGGAAGUGUGGCUGUGUCUCAGCGGUGUGUGAUGGGCCGAUGGAGUCGAAAUUGAAAAAAAGAGGAUGAACAGUGAAUCACAUGACAGGAGGGGAUAAGGUGAAGUCACACAAGGAGAGACCUUUUCUGAAAAGAAAAAAAAAGGAAACCAUACUCCCUAUCAGCGAGGUGUCGAGUCCGUACCCAGAGGUCGUGGAACUCAACGUCGGCGGCCAGGUGUACGUCACCAAGCGCUCCACCCUGGUCAGCAUACCUGACACCACCCUCCACACCAUGUUCACGCGGUGCAGCCCGCUCGAGUUGCCCCGCGACAGCCGAGGGCGCUUCUUCAUCGACCGCGACGGGUUCUUGUUCCGAUACGUGCUGGACUUCCUACGGGAUCGCCAGCUUGUCCUACCGGAACACUUCCCGGAGCGGGAACGUCUUCAGCGUGAGGCCGAGCACUUCCAGUUGGGGGAACUGCUUAGACUUUUAGGCCCACGUGUAGCCAAGCAAGGCUCGCUCAAUGAUGAAGGCUGCCAGAGCGACAUUGAGGAAAGUUCGCAGAGUAGCGAGUUGGUGACUCGAACUGGAAACUGUGCCACCAACUACGCGACUUCCUCUUCCGCCCUGGAUAAGAGGUCUGGGUUUAUUACAAUAGGUUAUCGGGGAUCCUACACAAUGGUGAGGGAUAACCAAGCUGAUGCCAAGUUUCGCCGUGUGGCACGGAUCAUGGUCUGCGGGCGUAUCGCCCUGGCGAAGGAAGUGUUCGGAGACACUCUGAAUGAGAGUCGAGAUCCAGACCGUCCACCAGAGAAGUACACCUCCCGCUUCUACCUGAAGUUCACCUACCUGGAGCAAGCGUUCGACAGGUUGAGUGAGGCUGGGUUCCAGAUGGUGGCCUGCAACUCAACAGGAACGGCUGCGUUCGUUAACCAGUACAGAGACGACAAGAUCUGGAGCAGCUACACGGAGUACAUCUUCUUUAGACCAGCCUGCAAGUCAGCAUCCCCUAAACUGGAGUGUGAGGAGCCCAAGUCCGAGAAACUGCUGGAUAAGGCCAGCGAGAGCGGAGCCUCAUUGAACGAGCUCUCCACAUCCAGCUCCGAGACCCACUCAGAGGCCACGUCCCCCCAGGACGGGGGUCCCAUCCUGGUGUCACGCGGUGAGGUUGUGGGGGGAUCGCUGGCCCCGUGCGGCGCCCUGCACUCUGUAUCUCGACCUCCAAGCACUCUUACUCUGGGCCGACCGCCCAAGAAAGGUUCCUCGGUGCAGUGGAUGGAGCUGCCGGAUAAGAGGAGGAACAGCGAGCUGUUCCAGUCCCUCACCAGCGGGGUUGGUCCGCGGGAAGGUGGGGGAAGUGGUCUGACCCGGAGGAAGACUCUGGAGAGGCCCAGCGCAGAGGAGGAAAUGAAACAGUGUAUCCGAGAUUUCCGAAAUAUCAAGAUCCCUCCAGCAUUCCCAGAGCGCAAACGGCAGUGGCAGUCAGAACUGCUUCAGAAAUACGGCCUUUAAAGGAAACUCAGGAUAGGCGACUGGUUUAAACUCUCCAACCGAUUCACAAUCUCGCACAAUAGAUUGCCCAACAGACUUUAAAGUCCUCAAAGGCCUUGAUUCACACUGAGAGACCAAACAAUUGAGUAUCAGAAAAGUAAAAGAAGGAGCUUGAGCCAAUGAAACAUGUUCCAUUUUGCUCCAUUUUUGUUCAGCUUGACAGCACCAUUCAUAUCUUUGAACUAGACUUUAAAAACCUACCAAAAAGUGGUGAUGGAGCACAUUUCGAUGAAAAGACAUUCCAUCUAGAGUCAUCUAAAUAAACCUUUCCAUUGUCCAGAAGGUCUGCAAACAGGGCUCAUAGUAUAAACUACUGAACUGACAGACAGCGUUGGAUAUCUUUGGUGAUGUAGCCAAAGUGGGAGAGAAAGUAAAUUUGUGUUGUGUCCAAAAGAGAGAUGUCACUGUGCUUUAACUUGUUGUUCAGUUUGGUUCUAUACAAAUGACACAGAUUUAAUGUAAAUGCGGUUGUCUCUACCUGCCUUUGUUUCAAAGAUGAAUUUAGUUGUAGAUGAAAUGGUCUGUCUUUUGUAUACAUAUAUUAGGGCUACCAAACUAUUUAAAAUGUUAAUUAAAUUACCAUAUGCUGAUUAAUUAAUCAAAUUGCAAUUAAUCACAUAUAUAUCAGCUUUUGUUAAAGAAAGCCCCCAUUUUUCAGUCAAGUCUGUCAAUUAGUAUAUAUUCAAUCAGUCUGCCCUAGGCUGACAUAUGUGCCAUUUCUUGAUUUUUAAUUUAUGUACACAAGUUCCAGAUGGGUGUCAUUCUAUGUUGCAUUAUUUUUAUGUUAUAUCUUUUUUUUUUCAGCAUGUCACAUUCAAAACUGUUUUAUGUGUCUUAAGACACUUUCAUGAAUGCCUUGAAUACACAAAAAAACAUGUCCUUUGUGAGCGGCUCUUUAGUCGUUCUGUGCUGCUUGCUCUUGGUUAAGUGUGGUGAUUAAAUGUGUUCAUUUUUAGAAUGAAUUACAAUAUAUGGAUGUUAAAUUGACAGCCCUAAUAUAUAUAACUCUAUACAAUAUAAAUAUAUACAAAUAUAGCUGUAUAUUUGCUGAGAAUCAUCAAACUAGAAUUGGAAGGUAUGAUGAAUGAGUUACACAGGAUCUAAAAUCUUAACUGGUUGUUGGAAUUUUAUAUUAGCUAUGUAUAAUGAGCACAGAAAUAUAAUGUAAUGGAUAAAUUAUCUUCUCAUUCCAUCCCUUUAAAUGACCCAAUUGUUGCAUUUAUAUGAUGGACUACUAUGAACAUCUCUGCACUGGUUCUUCUCUGUGUGAGAUUUCUCUGACUGAUGCCUGGAAAUUGUCCAUUUUCUGGGCUGCUUUUGUUAUGAGUUUUGUGCCAUUCAUUUUCCAAAUGUGUCUGUCUAUUGUUGGUCCAGAGCUGAUAAUGGAGAAGGCCAGGGGUUGACCUCCAAUGAUGCAUGCCCACAUUGGUUCCUUUACAGUUUUUCUCAGUGCAAAACCUUAAUGUGAAAUCAUCUUUAAGAAUUGAUCUUCUUAACACAGAUUAAUCUAAGUUUGAGCCUUGCGAGAUUUAUUUUUAAAUGAAAAUAGCCAUGGCAUUGAGCCAGUAGCUUAAUCCACGUGCUGAAAAUGGUUCCAAGAUAUUGUUUAUGGCAGAGCGUCAUUCCAGACUCGGGGAAUGAUCUUUCCAUCUGCUGUAGGCUGCGUAUCAAAUGUCAGUGAGCAUUCACUGUGCAUUUCCAUCUCUAUAAAGACUUGUAUUUGAGAGAUAUUAGACGUUUGCCUUCUAAUUGAUGUGUAUGGUGUUUUGUGCACAUUUAAAGCACAACGUUCUGUUAAUGCCGGUUUGAGACAUGAUAUGGUCUCAAUCCAGGACACAGGUUUGAAAAGCACAAGGCACAGUUGACUCUUAUCCUAGAAUUACAAUGUUUAAUGGGUUUAAAUCAGGAAUUAGUGUUAGUCUACUGUGAAACCUGAAUGCUCCAAAAUUUGUGAAGACAUUCGUUGUUAUAUCUGUUGAUUUGCCUCAGUGUCCUGUAAUAAAGGUGUCAUGUUAUGAUGGGCAGUUUAAUGUGCAAUUUCCUUAUUUCUAUAUUUUUCGAUUUUUUUUAAAUCUCUUGGUAAUUUACUAAAAUAUUCACCUUCUAGCAAUUUUGUUUUAUUAUUAUAUUUUUUCAUUUAUUUAUUUAUUUUUGCUCAAGAAAAGGUCAAUACCAGCCCUUUUCUGCCUUUUUUUUUUUUUUUUUUUUUGAGACAACAAAGCAUGUGCUAUUCAUCCUGACAGAACAGUGUUGCCACGUCCUCUUAUUAUAUAGUUGCAUUAUGGCAUUUAAAUUAAUGGCAUUUAAAUUAAUGCAUUUAAUUUAAUUUUAUUUUCAGAAUAGUCACUCAUUUUGGCUUUCUAGUUCUUGGCAGAUGUCAAACCUCCACCCUCUACAUAAUGUUUCUCAGUUCAUCCUGUGUCUCUGCCUUUUCCAGAACUUCCCUACUUGAAUGGUGCAUAAAUGCAUGAUUUUUCCAUUCCUGGAAAAGGGAAUUAUGUAUGGAUUUAGAUAGCCAGUUGUCUAAGUUUUGUAUAUGUAACAUUUUAUUUCUUCUUAUUUAAAGUCAUUUUUGAAAAUAUUUUAUUUGCAGGAAGUUAUAGUUUAGCUGUGUGUGUUUUUUGCACUUUUUUGUAGUCCAUAAAUGAACAUAACACAAAUUUAGCUUAUUUAGGUGAGGAAAUUCACUUAUUUUGACUACAUUUUCUUGGUAACACUGUGAUGGUAAGUUGUUGUUAACAUACAUCUCUUUUGUAAGUUUUAAACUGUGUCACAUUUCAACAGUCAGAAAUUAUUAAAAACAUCUAUAAAAUCAGACAAUACCAAGGGCAGCCAGGAUCCUAAAGGUCCUCUUUCCAUAUUUAACCUCCAACAAGGCCACACAUCCUCUGGUGAGUUUUGUAGGUUCUGAUUGUUUUUUGUUUUUAAUCAUUUUAAAUAUGCUUAUAUUUUCUGUCACAACUGUACAGUAACUGUCGGCUUUGUCACCCAAAGUGUAAUGGAAUAGUUUGCGAUGUUUUCUCAAUUAUAACUUAAAAUUAAAUGCUAUAUGUAUCAGUGCUUAUAAGAAAUAUUGUUACCACAAUGAAUUGUAAGGAGGCUGCAUCAAAGCAAGCAGCAGUUUGGACCAGCUAGAAACCAGCCGCCAACUUUCA